AUGUACUCGGAAAAACCGCUCUUCACCAAGCUGAUAAUGAGCGGGUUGACCACUAUGUUAACUUUGGUGUCUGCCUGCUGUAAUGGCUUUGUUAUUGUAGUCGUUGCCAGAUUCAAAUCGUUACGAACAGUUCCAAACAUUCUCCUUUCCAGCCACGCUCUGGCUGACUUGGUCAAUGCCAUCAUCUGUGUGCCCCUUUACACGAUGUACACUGUUUUAGAGGCCCGUUGGUUUCGAGGGAAGACUUUGGCAAUCAUGACAAGUUUCUUUGACCGAGUUUACAUCGCUAUCAACCUUACCUCGCUGUUGGCGAUGAUCGUUAAUAUUUUCCUUGCCAUUUCCUAUGACAUGAAGUACAGCAUCUGGAAAAGAAACAGAAAAGCCUUACUGUGCGUUUUCCUGAUCUGGUUGAUCGGCGUGGUGUUUGUGAUUGUCGUCUCCAUUCCCCUUCUUAACAUAGAUCUCGGAAACGCUCAUGUCACUGAAUACAGAGCGGUAAUUUACGAGCAAGGAAAAUAUUUUGUGGCAUCGUUCAUGGCAUUCUUUAUCAUUUCUGUUGCAAUUCUUGGCUUCCUAACGACUCGCGCAAUAAAAUCGCGACGGAAAAAGGUAAUCAAAUGACCCAUUCCUAGUCAACUCUCUUCAUAUUACAUAUGUCUGAGUUGAGGAAGGUUUCCUAAAAGGAUUAUAUUGAAGAGUUUAAUAAAUAUACCUUGAAAAAGUAAAGGUACUCGAAGCCUCUUCUAAGCUGUAUUGUCAUUGUCUGCUUGGUAGUACAGUGAGAUCACCAGCUUUACGGCGGACUGGCGGUGUUUGUUUUUAUUACUUCUUGUCUGACAUCAAAAUGUUUGCGAUGACGGGAUCGCAUGUUACUACUCAAUAUGACGUAUUUAAAAUCUUGAAGUAAUAUUAAUUCUAAACUUAUUUAUGUCCUAUUGUAGAUUAAUAUACAGAUUUAGCCAAGCCUAAAAGCGGAGCUCGCAUUUUUGUUUUCCCGCACGUCUCAAGGGCACAACGCCUUGUCCCGGCCAGGACUAGAACCUGGGUCGUCCGACUCGAAGCCCAGUGCACUGACCAUUGGACUACGGGAAAACGUGGCAUUGGCGCGCCCGCGGUACAGUUGACCACGCAUGUUAAAAGUUAUUCUAAAUCAAAGGUUGGAUUUCCUCCUGUCCCCACCUCCUCCACCCGUGCGCAUUGCAGCAUUUUACAACCCCCCCCUCCCAUCCAAAAUCCCUCCACUUUGUAAAAAUAGACGAUAUGAGUACAGGCAAUGCGGGGGAAAGGGUUGGGAAUGUGCUUGAGAAAGGUCGUAAUGUUAUUAUUUUUAUUUUUCAGCGGGCCGAGAUGAACUUAAGCCCUCUGCAAGCCGAAGUUCGUUUAAAACGCGACAUUCGAGCUUGCAAAACCAUCGCCAUAAUAAUCGCUACCAACUUCUUUGCCCAUGUUCCCGCAAUAUUAUUUGCAGUGGUGGAUUUAGAAAACCGUUCAUCGGCCCAAUCCUGGCUUGCAUUCUUUGCAGUCUACAUUCUCUACCUCAGUAGUUCAUUGAACCCGAUUAUUUACUGCGUACGAAAUAGUCGAUUGCAAUCCGCUCUCAGGCAGUUUCUAAAAGAUCCCCUUGGAUCUCGCGACUUUAGGGAGAAUGCUGUUGUCACGAUCAACGCAAGAACCAUGAGUAAUGAUGACCGCAUAGUAGGAACAAGGGACAACAGAGUGGAGCACGCAUGCGCAAGCGAACUUGAUCCGCUUGGGGGCCAAACAAGGCGGAACAGUUCAAAUGAUCAGAAAGACGAAGAGAUCAUCAUUUCCAUAAACAGGAUACCGAUAGAGGCCUGGCCUCAAAUAAAUGGCAACAUCACGGAACACAGGGGAUGUAGAAUGCCACGCCCAGAGGUGCCCUCAACGCCUAACUCAUGCCUGGAAGAAGAGGAAGAAAUUGAAAGGAAACAGGAAGACUUGGACAAGGAAAAAACAAAGUGUAAAAGAUCCUAA